AAGAAACUACGUUUCUCUCACAACGCCCAGAGAAUGACCAAAGGUUGUUAUACCUGCCGACGACGUCGCAUCAUAUGCGACAAUGGCCAACCCACCUGUCGGAAGUGUCGAGAUGCGGGGAAAGAAUGUUUGGGGUACCAGAAACCGCUUGUUUGGGUGAAGGGUGGAGUGGCUAGUCGAGGAAAGAUGAUGGGCCGCAGCUUUGAUGAUGUGGAAGUACCACCUAGCAAGCCAAAGCGCCAGCCGGCUACCGGGACGUAUGAUUCGACUCCGGCGAGCAGCGGAUUCAACUUUUUCUCUAUCGCUGAAUCCUCAUCCGAUGCCGAAUCGCACAGCUCUGGGAAUCAACCUAGCCCGGAAACGGAUGGAUGGGUUUUCGAAGAGAAUUCAACACUGGGGGUAGAAACUGCGCAGUUGGGGGUUAAUUCAACCGAGGAGCAGGACACCGCAGUUGUUCAUGUUCCUCGAAGUACUUAUCCUGCCGGCUAUACUCCAACCCCAUGGGGACUGGUAGAUCCACUACUCAAAGAUCUCAGCCAGUUCUCAAGGUACUACAUACAUCACUACAAUCAAUAUAUGGUUAAUGACUUCGCCCUUUACUCCCAACACAAAAAUCCGUUCCGAGAUCUUACCGCUCUAGUCAAUCAUUCACCUGUUCUUGCUAGCAGCAUCGCUGCUCUUGGGGCUCUUCAUUUCUCCCUGGUAUCGGAAUCUGACUCAUCUGUCGAACCAUGGUCAUCGGGCAAUUUCUCGAUGUCACCAGAGGAGAUUGCAGAUAUUGUGGCGCCGGCAAGUUCUCGAAAACCCACUUCGCAGGCAUACCAUCAUUUCUUGGGGUACAAACAGCGCGCCCUUCGCCAAUUGUCUAUGGAUCUCCAUGACCCGACGAUGCAACAUGACGGCAGGACCUUAGCUGCCAUCGUCUUGCUUGCCUUCUUAGACAUAUUUGAGUCCGGCAGUGGGGCCUGGAGUUACCAUAUUGAGGGCGCGAAGAAGCUUCUCAAAAACCGACCUGAAAAUGGUCCGGGACAAGGAAUUCUCGACGACCUGGACGCUUUUGCCCUUGAUGGGUGUUUAAUAAUGGAAAUCAUGGGAUCAACCCUAGCUCGCCCAGGCGCACUAUCGAAGCCCUUCUACUCCUCAUCCAUGGGCCCAGAGAUCCUCAAACGUCUCGAAGAAAAUUCCUGGGUCGGAUGUCCCGCCUAUCUCCUAGAAGUCAUUUUCUUCAUCCACGCCCUCUGCUCUGCCAACCCCAAUCCAACCCGGCCAGCCCCUGACCCUAGACUCAUUUGCAAGCCUGCUCCAGGGAAUCCGCAACUUCGACCCGAUAGCCUGGAGCCAAGAAAUGCAAAACGUCUUCUUCGUCCCGAACUUAACGUACCGUCUCGCACUCGCAACCUCCUACCAAGACGCCGUUUACCUCUACACAAGUCGUGUCCUCUCACGCGCCAGGGAAGGCUUCUCACCCCCUGGACAGACGUCGGUCUCCCGCUCGAUCACCGACUCAUCGCCACGAACCUCAUAACGCAAAUCUGCCUCAUACCCAAUUCAGACCCCCAUUUCAAAUGCCUCAUCUGGCCCACCUUCAUCGCUGGGGUGGAAUGUCGUCCUUCGCAGCGGGGUCUUAUUCUUGAAAAACUCGCCUCGCUCUAUGAGGCCCUGACGAGUGUUAAUGUCCGCAAUGCUGCAUGGGUUCUGCGUCUCAUGUGGCAGAAACAGGAUCUCAAGCGCCGUGAGCGUCAGAAUGUUUCCGAUGAGCAGGGCUAUGAUAAUAAUGAUUACGAUCUUGAGUUUGACUGGAUCGAGGAGCUGGAUCAUACGCGCCUCGAUUGGUUGUUCAUUUAA